AUGUUUGCUGUAAAACGGCCACUGAAUAAUAAUCAAUUCCUCCACAAAGAAGAAAUAGAAGUUUCGAAAAAAAUAAUUAGUUGUAUUGAAAAUUUAUCCAAUGAAAUUUUCUAUGAAAUUUUCUAUGAAAUUUUCGAUUUCCUCGAUGGUUGUGAAAUAUAUAAAGCAUUUUCAAAUCUUAAUAAUCGUUUUCAAACUUUAAUCACUUGUUCAACUCUUCGAUUAAAAAUUGAUCUUAGUAUUCGUCCGGACUCUAGUCUAGAACAUUGGUCGAAAUAUGUUGUUGUUCCGAACAAGGAUCGAACUAUUGCAUUGAUUUGGCUGUUUAGUUAUGAUCAUAAUUUGGGUUAUACACUAUUCAAUAUUGAUUCAUCAUUUAUCCGACUUGAAAUUUAA